GUAGACUUUCGUCGGAGACGAUCAACGCCAGGAUCAUCAUCGUGCAUGGCCGUUCGAUGAGUCCGUUGGGAAAGGUGAAUCAAAAGACAUUAAUGUGAGUCAGUUCAUCGUGGGGGAAGGACUUGCGGGAGCAGAGACGCAGCCACAGCUUGUGCAGCCAGCAGACACCCAACAGAGCAGGAGCAUGACAUCCGGGAUGGAGUUUGGCCGCAGUCCAGAUCAUCACUCAGAGUUGAGCGGCACCCACACGGCCCAGUUCGGUCAGAACCUCCCGCUCGGCGUGCUCGGGAACCUCUCGGCGUUGAACAUGAACGUGCCAAAUCUGUCAGGGUUGACGGCGGCCGCAGCAGCGGCAGCAGCUGCCGGGCUCGGUGGCCACGGGGAUGUGCUGGAGAAGCUGAAGAUGCAAGUGCGCGACAUGAAGGUGGGACUCGGAAUGGGCGAUCAGAGUGAUUUUGCGGCGCUGCACGCCAGUUUCGGUGCCGGUGCAUUGCAACAGCAGCAGCAGCAGCUGCAGCAACAACAACAACAACAGCAACAUCAAACCGGAAGUGGGAAUUUGUUUGGGGGUGGGGCGGUUGGAAGUGUUGGGGGUAGUGCCGUUGGGGAUCAUAGGGUUGCGGGACAAAAUAGUGCAGGGGUCACAGGUGCGGGCACUGGGAACAAUAAUGGGAGCGGUUACACGUUUACGCUGCCCAAUGCUCCACCGGUCAACAAGGACGGAGCUGCCGGUUCGAGUUCGUCCACGUCCAGCGAGACGUCCAAUUCUUCACAGCAGAACAACGGCUGGAGCUUUGAAGAGCAGUUCAAACAAGUCAGACAGCUGUACGAAAUCAACGAUGAUCCAAAGCGGAAAGAGUUCCUCGAUGAUCUCUUCCUGUUUAUGCAGAAACGAGGAACUCCAAUCAACCGACUCCCGAUCAUGGCCAAAUCGGUGCUGGACCUGUACGAACUGUACAACUUGGUGAUCGCCCGUGGCGGCCUGGUGGACGUGAUCAACAAGAAACUCUGGCAGGAGAUCAUCAAGGGACUGCAUCUGCCAUCGAGCAUCACCAGCGCGGCCUUCACGCUGAGGACUCAGUACAUGAAGUAUCUCUAUCCCUACGAGUGCGAGAAGAAGAACCUGAGCACACCGGCCGAGCUGCAGGCCGCCAUCGACGGAAAUCGGCGCGAGGGACGCCGCUCCAGCUAUGGACAGUUCGAUUCGCCCUCGGUCCAGCGAUCGCCCAUUCCACAGGGCAUCCAGCAGAUGUCGCCCCUGUCGCUGGUUACCCACGUCAACCAGCAGCAGCACCACCGCCUCCUGGGGGCACCCAACGUGGGCCAAAUUCCCAACAUUCUCCCAGCGGAGUUCGAACAGCGCAUGCUUGAUUACAUCAAACUGUUCCAGCCCAAGGAGAUGAAACGCGAACAGAGCCCGGAACAUCAAAUGACCCCGCGGGAUGCACUCAAUGCGCUGGAAAUGUCCCGCGUUGCGCUCUGGAGCAUGUACAACAACAACACCAGCCCACCGAACUCGCUCAACACCAGCCCACCGGAGAUGCAGAGUCUCUUCCAUUACAACAGGGAAGCACUGAACCUGGCCGAAUCGCCACCGCAUCACAUGUCGAUCAAGCGCGAACGGGAUCACCCUAUGGACUUCACCUCGGAUCGUUCCACGGGCCGCGACUACCACAGUGGCAUGCCACCGGCCAAACGCAGCAACAACAACUCGAUCGCAGCCGUCGCCGCCCAACUUCAACAACAACAGCAGCAACAACACCCUCAACUGCACGCGCGCUCCGUCACACCCCAGAAGCUGAACCUCUCCUCCCACGAUGAAGAUGACGCCCGCUCGGACGGAACUCCCAUCAAUCUGCGCGGCGAAAAUGGUCUUCGCCACCACGAUGACGACGAUAUCCACGACGAGGAGGAAGAGGAAGAAGACGAAGAUAUGUCCAUGGCCGAGGAUGCCCACCCGCUCGCACUGAACAGAAUCACCGAACACGCUGCAGCCCUGGCCGCGGCCCAACGAGAACGCGAACAAGCACAGGUGAACCAUUUGGCGAGCCUAAACCUUAGCCUACUGGAGCGAGAACGGUGCGACAGCGCCGACAAACUGAAGCGCCAACAGCAGUUGCAGCUGGAACAGCUCCAGCGCGAACAGCUACUGCACCACCAACAGCAGGCACAACAGCUGCAGCAGCGCGAAAGAGAACAACGCGAACAACUGCAGCGGGAACGGGAACUUCAGAAGCAGCAAGAGCAACGGCAACAAGAACAGGAACAGCAGAACAGUGGCCGCCAACAGAACGGAGACCGGCUUAGCGGGACGACCGGUAUGGACAACGGAUGCAGUGAUACAAGUACCAGCCAUGAGCGCCCGAACCGAUCGGGUUCGUCGCCACGUGAGUCAUGCGGGACUUCGUCUGCGGCGGCGGCGGCAGUGACCAGUGGAAUUAUGGGAAUGCAGUUCAAGCUGAUCAGUCGAGGUGAUGCCUCCAAAGGCGACCAGCAGCUGGUAGUCUCAAUGGAAUUCAACGGUGUCCAGUACGAGGGUGUCCUAUUCGCCAAUCCCGCCUCGUCGGUUUCACCCAACUCCUCCUCAUCUUCGCAAAAAAUGCUAACCGUCGGUCCCGAUCCAAUCAUCACCGGAAGCAACAGGAGCCCAGCCAAUGGUACCAGCACGGCAGCUAUCCCAUCGCAUCACCAUCUCCACCAUCAGCAGCAGCACAACAACCUGCUCCAGCAUCAGCACCAUCAUCAGCUGCAGUCGUCCGGCGGUGGUCUUUUGGUACCGGCCCCGAGUGCAAUGUCUGCGUCCUCUUCGCCAGUGGGCAGCACCAGCAGCAGCCACACUUCCCACACCUCGGCACCAUCGCCCAUCGUUUCGCCAGCUAAAACGGCCAACUCGUCGAUAGGCGGUGAUGAACCGGUCGGACCCCCGGCGGCCCUGGGACUGCCACCCAUGGUUACACCGAGGCCACUAGUUUCCUAAGAUGUUAGUUUAAGUAAGACUCUCUCUGUUUUUGUAUUAAUUUAGUAGAAUGGUUCUUCUUAGCUGGAGAAUGCUUUUAUAGUUUAGAAUGCACUUUCUUCCCUGAAAUGUGGGAAGAAAGCUGCCCCAAUCUCGCAAUCCUUACAAUGUGUCUCUUUUAUCGGGCUCUCGAAUGUUGCAUUUUUUCGUUCUUAUCAGUAGGAAAAUGAUAAACUUUUUAUUUUAAUCCUAGAUUAAUGUAAUUAAUUAAAACCCUGACUAAAUUUUAACACGUUAGUAACGUGACAUGAGCAGCAAAAUUUCUAUCAGUGCAAAGAAGCUUUCGAGUCCGAUUCGGUCCAGAAAAGCUUUCGCGGAUUGAUUCGGACGUUUGGCCGAACCAGAAGGUGGCAGCACGCUGCUUUCCCGAUUGGCCAAGACACCGACCCUUCGAAUCGGGUGCAGUAACAAAGAGCUUCGAGCGCGAAUCGGUUCGCGCGUACACACACAGACACUGAACGAAAGCAACACUUUUGAACCAAAAAUUAUUUUUAAUAUUUUAUUGCAUUAAAUUUUUAAUGGAAGUUUGAACAAAAUGUUAUAAAUCGGAAUCGCAAUGCCAGGAAAGUAAAUAGCAAUCUAUCAUAACACAGCACAGUGGCUGUUGGGCAGCGGAGUAGUGCAGCAAGAUGUAAAUGUGAAGAAGCUUGUAGGAUGGUAGAUGGCUCUAGUUAAUAUGAAUUAAUAAGUUAGAGUAGAAAGUUGUUUAGAAGAGUGAGCGAUGUGAUUAUUUUUUACACUCAAAAAGUGCACGACUUUAAGCGGUUUAUGAGACAUUUCAUCUUCAGUUAAAACAGCUCAUUUCUUAAAAAGGCGACACAAUAGAUUUGUACAUAGGUUUUUGCUUAAGAUUAAAACUUAAGAACUACUUAAAUCAAAUUCAUAAUCUCUCUUAACUUAAAGAAGCACAUCAAUUUUUGAAGCGGAUCAAAUGAGUGGAAGAUCAAUAAAAUGUUACGCAUUAAAUGAA